GGAAGGAAGGAACUUGUUUGUGUGUGUCAACAAUUAAUUUAAAUAAAAGUAGAGAUUAUCAUUUCAUUUCAUUAAAAUGAAGUAAAUAAGAUAAAGCAUUAUGUUUAACUAUAACAUAAAGUUUCUCACAUGUGAUGAGACACUGCAUUUGAAAAAUGGGGACUUCAAAAGUUACAAGUAUGAUACUCGAAAGAGGACAGACGAAUCUGUUUAUGAUGUGGGGAAACGAACUUUCUGUGAACGUCGCGGUAGUCAUUGGCGGUCACCAAACCACCGACAGAUAAGGCAGUUGGAGUCAAAAUUGAGGGAUCGAAAUAUUAUAAGUUGUGAAUGGACUACAGAAUCUCUUAUCACGCUGGUAUUCUCGUCGGGAGCGAUUGCUUACCUCACUGUAAAGCCUGAAACCCUGGACGUGACGCAAGUUUUAUUUGAUAGAUACUGUGUUGGUAAGCUCUCGGGACAGACUGUAACUGGUGUUGUUAUAAGCCAGACACACUUGAUGUUCACACAUGCUGACAGAAUGGCUACAUUAAUCAUGUUUGGGAGGAAUGCAGGUAACCGUCUACCCUGUCGCAUUUCUGACAGGGAUCCACACGUACAGACAAUCGAAUUAGGGGGAGGGGGCCGUCGAAGUGAAAGACGUAUGUCAUGGUGUGAAAGCAACGGUGGCCUUAAGGUCCUUGUGUGGAGCACCAGCAAUGCAGAACCUGCUCCUUGGAGCCCCAUUGUAGAAGACCAUGCCAAUCUCCACCUUUACCGCAUCCAUGGACAGCAAAUAUCACUUGUAGCCUACCACCAACUAGAAAAUGAGACAUUAUUAGCAGAAUUAUCAAACAAGAGUGAUAGUAUACACAUAAUUGAUCAAAUCACUUGCCAUAAGAACGGAGUAAGCUUAGAAUGGCUGCGAUACGACGUACCCAACAGCGAAGAGAGAGCCAUAAAGCUCUCUUCUCUACGCGAGAGCGCGACUCGAGUCUCUCUGCCGGCGCCGGCGCGCUCAGUGCGGCGCUCCCCUUGUGACGUCAAACUACUGACCGCCUGCAUAGAUGGCUCCCUGCACGUGAUACACAACACAGUCGGUGUGACACACUCGGUGCGCGCUGGAUUUAUAGCCACGGAGGUGCGAUGGGCCGGCGAGCUGAUAGUCGCGACAGAGGAGGGCGGACGGGUGCAGUGCUUCGAUAGAGCGCUGUCGCUUCUGCACCAUCAUACUAAAUGCUUUGAUUUGACCUCCUAUUUGAGGGAUGCAAAGCGCACACAAAUAUUAGCGACGCGGGAAGCAAAAGGAGGCCCAUUGGUCCUCGUGUCGUUCUCUGGUGGGCCUUUAGCGCUGUUACACAUCACUCACCCGCGAUUGCUUACAGCUUGGCUACGGAACGGUCGCUCGUCAAACGCGGUGGCACUUCUCCACGCGCUGGACUGGGACAAAGACGGCAUGGACUGCCUCUGGGCCGUCAAUAAGCUGGUAUGCGCUGCCCUCCGGAGCGGUAAUGAAGCGCUAUCGGAAGAGGGCGUGGCCCAAAGCGCUUUAGGCGCAUACUUGGCGCCGCGCGCGCCGCUGCCGCCCGGCGCCGCUCGCUACGCGCCGCCGCUGCACGACUUGGCUAGGAAGUUCUUCCACCAUUUAUUGAGACGGGGUCGUAUAGAGAAAGCGCUAAGCCUAGCCGUGGACCUCCGCGCAUGGGAUCUAUUCGCGGACGCGCGGUGGGCCGCAGCUCGGAAGAACCUGCCGCAUCUAGCUGACGAAGCGGCCGCUUUGGCUGACCACUACGCUGGCGAAGGAAGACCGGAUUCCGAGUAUUCCGAGUCAUGCUCGCAAUGCAGCUCGCAUUCGUACACCGACGACGAAACGAGCGCAUCCUCCGAAGUAAAAACGAAACCGCCUCCCCUCCCCCGAGUAUCCAUCCCCACCGUCAUGCCCGUCCCUAUCAACCACUCGGAACCGCCCACAGCUCACAGCAUCCGUCCCAACUUGCACCAGUACUUAGAGCGAGACAACACGAUAUGGAACACCAACGUAGACGACACGUACCUGAAAGUAAACCAGGAGAAAAUAAAACCGAUUCUGACUCAUAGUGUGAGGUGGCAUAGCGUUGAUAACAUGCUGAAUACGAGGCAAAACUCUUUGCAUACUUUAGCGUCGAUAAGCGAAGUUGUCACCAAACCGGCUUCGAGUAUAGUGGAUAUAAUCCCGCGGGUGCAAGAUGACAGGAUGACGUCACAUUUCCGCAGUGUCUACCAAACGGAAUUGAGAGAAGAGGCGCCAAUGUACCGGUACCAUAAUAACUUCCACGCGAGCGCGCUUAGCGACAGAACGCACAAGUUCGACGCGGAUAGAACGGGAAACAGAAGUACGGAGAAGAACAAAGUCAAGUUCUCUGAUACGGUCACCAUUGCAGUUGUGUCGGAGCCGCCUCAUCCUCCCCUGGCGCGGGAAGCAGGCGCGGGACUGACGCGGCGCGCCGGUACUCUGGACUACGUGGAAGUGUGACGCACGCGGCACGGCACGCAUGCACAUAUAAUAACGCUGCUGCUGCUGAACGACCUCCUAAAAUCAAAGUUGUACAUUUUGGCAUGGUUUAAAUAAUCGUAACAAACACCAUGUAUACCUAUUGUUUUUGUAGACAAUCCUAGUGAUAUUUUCACAGAAUCCGUCCAUUUGUAUUAUUUUAUUAUACUAAGUUAUAUUACUUUAUAAGUUUAUAGGUAUACAAGAAAUAAACAAUAGCAUUUAUUUGUACAUAAGUAGUCUUCCAUUUUAGAUACCUUAAGUAUUAUGCUUUUAAUGGUUUAUUAAUAUUUUCAUUAUUUAAGUAAAAAAUACAAUCUUACAAAUUGAUUACCUCUGAUCUGAUAUACAUACGAGUAAUAGUGUUAGGUAUUCCAGUAACUAAAUUGUGUAGCGACUUGAUAUAAAAUGAAUUAAUUGAAUCAUUAUUGUGAAUGCAUGCAUUUUUAAUUAUAUUUUUGAUAAUAAAUGUUUUAUAUUGUUAA